GUCGUUGUCACGUGUUCUAAAGACUACGGCUGGCGUAUUAAUACCCCUCUCCAUCUUGGCAAAUGUCAUUAGAAAUGCGUCUUAGGAUUCUCGGCCAUUUCUUCGAGAUUUAGCACCUAUCUUCUGUCUCUCUCGCCAUCUCUUUCUUUCUUCUCCAAUGAAGGCCACGCUCUCAGACUAUUCUCCCUCAAGCGUGCCUCUCAUUCUUGAUGAGAAGCAAAAUGGGCUGGCUCAUAAACUAGAGGAAGUGGAGUCGAACUGUCAUCCCUCCAGUACAACCAACAUCUCAUUCUUCAAAACAUGUUUUAAUGGGCUCAAUGCUUUGUCAGGAGUGGGGAUACUAUCAGUUCCAUAUGCACUAGCAUCGGGAGGAUGGUUAAGCUUGAUACUUAUAUUUGUUAUAGCCAUUGCAGCCUUUUACUCUGGCUUGUUGAUACAAAGAUGUAUGGAUAUGGAUCCUGAUAUCAGAAGUUAUCCUGAUAUUGGCAAUCGCGCAUUUGGGAACAAGGGAAGACUACUGGUUUCAGUUGUCAUGUACAUAGAGCUCUAUCUUGUUGCGACAGGAUUCCUGAUUCUAGAAGGGGAUAACUUAUAUAACUUGUUCCCCAACUCGGGAUUCGAAAUGGCAGGGAUAACGAUCGGAGGAAAACAAAUGUUCGUUAUCAUUGUGGCAGUCGUAAUUUUGCCUUCGGUUUGGUUGGAUAACCUGAGCCUUCUUUCCUAUAUCUCUGCCAGUGGGGUUUUAGCUUCGGUUAUCAUCCUCUGCUCGAUCUGGUGGACUGGUGUGUUUGAUGGAAUUGGAUUUCAUGGAAAGGGGACACCUCUUAAUUGGAAUGGGAUACCCACAGCUGUUAGCUUAUAUGCUUUCUGUUAUUGUGCGCAUCCGGUCUUCCCUACACUCUACACUUCCAUGAGAAACAAACGUCAGUUUACUAAUGUCUUGUUCCUCUGCUUUACCUUAUGCACUGUCAGCUAUGCGUCAAUGGCAGUUUUAGGUUACUCAAUGUUUGGCUCAAAUGUUCAAUCACAGAUAACUCUGAGCCUCCCAAUUGACAAACUUAGCUCUAAGGUGGCAAUAUACACCACCUUGGUCAAUCCCGUAGCCAAAUAUGCAUUGAUGGUGACACCUAUUGUGAAUGCUACCAAAAGUUGGUUUCCAUGUCAAUACAACAAAAGGAUAUACGGCCUCUUAAUUAGUACCUCCCUUGUAAUCAGCACUGUCAUUGUGGCCCUGGUUGUCCCCUUCUUUGCGAAUCUCAUGUCACUGGUUGGAGCGUUUUUAAGUGUCAUGGGUUCGAUUAUACUACCAUGCUUAUGCUACUUGAAGAUCUCGGGCACUUAUCACCGAUUAGGACUUGAAAUGGUGGUUUUAUGGGGUAUGAUACUAAUGGGUGUUGCAGUUGGAAUAGUUGGUACCUAUGCAUCUCUUGUAGAAAUAAUAGGGCAUCUGAGAGCAGAUGGUUUGUCUUCGUUGAUCGUAAGUAGGGCAUGGUCGCCUUACUAAAAGCUGCAGAGCUGUUUCAUGUUUUAGCCUUUUAGACAAACUCUGAUCUGUACAACUUAUACAGAGCAGAAACUAAAGAAUGUAAUAUCCUGAAGUUAUGGAGCUUCUUUAUUUCUCCUAGGCGAAAGAACUAUUUUUCUAAAGUGUGGAAACUUGCUUCAUUUACAGGAGAGCUAUUUGUUCACAUUCUGAUAAUAACAGCAGCAUGUUUGUAGCCAA